GGUAAGCAUUUGCGUAUCUGUUGUGUUUCUAUUGUAUCACAGCUCCACAACACACAGGGAUGACAUCUAACUCAGGAUGAAGCCACACACUGGCACUGGCACUGGAAGUGGCACACUGGGUCCAUUGAUUCGGAUGAUACCCGCCUACAGUGAGACCUGGACCAAUGGGUGUCUGUGUGGUACCUGUGUGAGGCUCCAUUGAGACUUCACUAGAGGCUUUUAUUGUGGUUGGCACUGAGCCGAGGACACUUGGUGGGACAGAGGAGUCGGGUUGACUUUUAACAUCACAUUUUAAAUACGUUGUGUGUGUGUUUUUACUCAUCAAACAUGGACCGACCGAGCCUCCGUAGACUGUUUUCUGCCUGUGAUGUGAACAAAUCGGGUAAAAUCGAGUUCGAGGACUUCACCGCUGUCUGUCGCGAGCUCAACGUCCCCGAGACUCACAUCAGAACUCUCUUCGACAAGUUCGACGCGGACGAGGACGGGUACAUCGACUACAGCCGGUUUUCGUCCCGGUUUCAGGAGGUCUCAGAGACUUUGGACUUGGCGGCUCUUGGAGCUGGGUCGUCCCCAAACCAGGGCUCACCAUGGGAGGACUUUGUAGGCAGGACAGAUGCGGCGGCUCUCCUCUCAGACAGUCUCAGAGAGCAGCUGGCUGAUCUUUACCAGGCCAUUCACUCCUCUGCAAACACGACGCUGCUGCAACAGUAUGAAGAAAUCAUCCACUCUCUGAUCAGUCAAAGCCUGGACAACAGACUAGAGUGUGAACAGCUGGAGACCAGUAUAAAGCGAGCUGAGGAGAUGAACAACAGUCAGCUGGCAGAACUGGAGGACGAUAUACAACAGCAGCUUGCCAGAACGGAGGAGAGGGUGAGAGACGAGGAGCGCAGGAAGAUGGAAGGAGUCAUGGUGACCAUGCAGAGGAAGCACGAGAACGAGGUUGCAGACCUGCGUGCAGCUGUGGACAGACUGUUAAAGAGCCAAGAGGACUCUCAAUCCAACCACACAAAGGAGGAGGUGGUCAGACUGAACAACCAGAUCAGUGAUCUGUCACAGGAAAAUGAGGAGCUGCGGAGCUCUCUGCUGCAAGCACAGACGAACAUCGCCAUCCUGCACGCAGAGCUGGACAAGCUGAAGAAUAUGUACGCAGACCAGAAAGCUCAACAUGACAGAGAAACAGAAGAACUGAAGAGGAUGGUUUUGGAGUACCAGUCAUAUUCCAGUCAGAUCCAGAUUCUCCAGGAAACAAACAAAAAGCUGUAUGACAGUAAUGACGGGCUGCGCUCUGCGUUGGCCACUGAAGUGGUUGCAGCCAAAAGGAGGCUGUCUCCCCAAAAUGAAAUCCCGGCCCGAAGGAUGAAGCCCCUCCGGCAGAGCACACUCAACCAUGGCAGCUCGGAGCCAGAUCCCAGCAAAACGACCUACUCUCAUGUGGCCACCUGGGCCGAUAAGUACCUGGACAGUGGAGUCUCGUUGCCCAUGGACACAGCUGAGAGCUCAGGGAGCGAUUACGACAGCGACGACAGUAGGGACUCAGUGGAAACUGUGCACCACAGUUACUCAUACAUCCCAUCUGAUGUGGAGAUAUCAGACAUGAAAUCUGAAGCUGCAGUGUCGAUGGCUCCUAGCAAAGCGAGCUCUCUUGCAUCAUCCCUACGAAGACGUUUGUCUGCAUUUUCUACAAAGCCUUUAGAAGCCGACAUAGUAGAAUCUGAGGAACCUACUCCGAUGUACCGUCUGGUUUUAGCCGGAGACGCAGGAGCUGGAAAGUCCAGCUUCCUGCUGAGACUGACACUCAACGAGUUCAGGGGAGACAUUCAGACAACGCUGGGAGUAGAUUUUCAAAUAAAGAGGAUGCUUGUGGACGGAGAGAAGACGAGCCUGCAGAUAUGGGACACAGCCGGGCAGGAGAGGUUUCGUAGUAUUGCCAGAUCCUAUUUCCGUAAAGCUCACGGAGUCCUGCUCCUCUACGACGUCACCUCAGAAAGCAGCUUUCUCAACGUCAGAGCCUGGGUGGAUCAGAUUCAGGAUUCAACGGACGAGAAAAUCCCCAUGUGUGUUAUUGGAAACAAGGUGGACCUCCGAGAGGAGCUUCCAGAGGGGAGCUGUGUGAGCAGUAUGCACGGAGAGAAGUUGGCCAAGGCAUACGGCGCCUUGUUCUGCGAAACGAGUGCCAAAGAGGGAACCAACGUCGUGGAGACCGUGCUUCAUCUAGCGAGAGAAGUAAAGAAAAAUGUCAAACUGAGGCGGCAGUCAGAUUCUCAGGUCAGACUGAGUCAAUCCAACCCGAAGAAGACUCUCAACGCCUGCUGCGGACUGUAGAUGGCUGAUAUCAGUAGACACGAUGGAGCAGAGAAAUGAUUCUAUUUCUUCAUGAAGAACAAUUUUCUUAUGUUUUAACCUUUAGAAUAUUUAACUCUCAAACCUUUAAUAUAUUUUCAUAAAUGUUAAUUCUCUGAUCAAAAUGAAGGUUUCAGUUGCACAUAUAAAUGCAUGUAAUGUAAUCAUGCAUAUAUUUUUCUUAGGUUUUGUAUUUUUUAGGUAGUAAAGUCAUUUUAUAAAGUAGAUAAAUUGACUUAGAUUUAAGUUAGUUUUUAACUGUCAGCCAGUAAAAAAUAGUCUUUUUAAAUUAAUGCACUUUUUUCUGUUUGAGACGAAACUUGAUUCUUGAAAAGACAAAACAAAAAGACAAAUUCAUUUUUUUGAAACAUUUUUAUUAAGCAUCAGUGUAAGCAAUAUUACAUCGCAGUUUAACGCCUUUAGUUAUUGGAGCACUGAUCGAAUUUUUCUCAGAAUUGCAAUGUUAAAGGGACAGUUCACCCCAAAAUCGAAAAUACAUAUUUCUCCUCAGACCUGUAGUGCUGUUUAUCAGUCUAGAUUGUUUUGGUGUGAGUUGCAUGUGUCCUUCUGCACAGGGUGUAGUUCAGUAGAAAGAAAAUAGUUCCUACAUGAAACUGCUCACAACAAGGUCUGUGGAUUAUCUUGAGUAACCAGGUCAUGAUUUCUGCACAGAGACAUUAACGUUGAGUUUUUCAAUUGUAAUUUUUUGGUAGAGCACCACAAGCAUCUUGAGUGCCAUCUUGUUCCAUUAAAUUCAAGAGUAGGCAGACAUCUAUACGGCCAACAUCUCCAACACUCAGCAACUCACACCAAAACAAACUAGACCAGUGGUUCCCAACUGGUGCAUCAACAGGGUCCAGAUUUCUCCUCACUCAUUAGUUCAAGGUCCAUCAUACUUGCCAUGUCGUCUAGCUAGUUUGCUGUCUCUGUUAAGUAGCUGUCUGUUAUUCACUCACUGUAAAGCAGGAAACAGCACUUCAGAAUCAAAGCUCUGUGCCAAAAAUUCACUGUACUUAAAAAUAGGGUGUGUUAU